CAAUCCAUUUUCAUUUACUCUAAAUAAAAACAACUGUUUAGCAAAUACCUCAACCAAGAUUUCAAGUGUUUUUCUCUUAAUGCAUAGGUUCUACAAAUAACUAAUUUCGUCGUGCCCAUUUAAUACAUUUUGGCUUUCCUUCGCACAAUUCGCAAGGUUAACUUCUCCGUAAAUGGAAUGGAACUUUAAAAACUACAAUUAAUCAUGGAUUUAAUCAGAAGAUCAUGGAAACUACAGGAAUUCGUCGCCCACAAGGCGAAUGUCAACUGUUUGGCCAUGGGACACAAAUCCAAUCAAGUGCUAGCCACUGGAGGCGAUGACAAAAAAGUUAAUCUGUGGGCCAUUGGCAGGCAAAGCUGUUUGAUGAGUUUGAGCGGGCACACAACGCCAGUAGAAUGUGUGUGUUUUGGCCACUCUGAAGAUUUAGUCUGUGCUGGCUCGCAGACUGGAGCUCUGAAAAUAUGGGACUUGGAGGCAGCAAAACUACUCAGAACAUUUACUGGACACAAAGGAGCUAUCAAGUGUAUGGAUUUCCAUCCAUACGGGGAUUAUUUAACCACCGGCUCUUGUGACAAUAAUAUCAAACUGUGGGACACAAGGAAAAGAGGCUGUAUUGUGACAUAUUCCAGUCACAGACUUGCUGUAAACAGUUUGCAGUUUAGCCCUGAUGGACAAUGGAUUGCCUCAGCAUGUGAAGAUGGUAUUGUCAAAGUGUGGGAUGUUCGAGUGGGCAAGGUUCUGCAGGAGUUCAGAGAGCAUGCAGCAGCAGUGACUUGUGUAAAGUUCCACCCCCACGAGUUCCUCCUGGCUAGCUGCGGUAUAGACAGGACUGUCAACUUCUGGGACAUGGAGAAAUUUCAAUUGGUAUCUAAGUUUGAAAAGGAGAACACUUCUAUUAGGUCUAUGGUAUUUAGCGAGGAUGGCACAACUCUUCUGGGGUGUGGUAAUGACGGUCUCCAUGUGAUUGGCUGGGAGCCCGCUCGAGUAUUUGACACUGUACAUGGGCACUGGGGCCAAAUACAUGACAUCACAGUUGCCCAUACACAACUUAUUGCUGGGUCAUUCCAUUCAACAUAUGUGUGUUUGUCAGUGGUUGAUCUCAGUAAGGUACAUCCAUUUGGAGGGCCGCCGCCAGUGACACCACCUAUGGUACGAGAUUUGUCGCCCUUCCAAAAAGGACAGUCUGUCAGGAAAAGUUUCUCGAAGGAAAAACCAUCUAAAGAAGUGAUCCAUAAGUCAACGCCCCUGGAUGAGAAGACCGCGGAGGAGUCGACGUCCGGCACCGAGGCGGACGAGGAUGGCGCGGUCAUAUCCAACAUCCAUGACUACACAGAAAUCUUUCGGCCUUCCAGGGCAUUGAAUCGUACGCCACCACCAGCAACUAGUUUAUCAUCUGAAGACUACUCAUUGCCAGCCGAGGAGGGCAUGGGCAAGGCCAGUGCGGGGCUGGGCACGUCCCUGCGCGACCUGCUGCUGGACGAGCCGCCGCGCCCCGCGCCGCAGCCGUCGCCGCCGCAGCGCCACCGCGCCGACUACUCGCGCAUACCCACCUCCACUACCGGCAAAGCGGAGCCCUACUCUAGGCCGGUGGAAAACAACGCUAAAGAGGAUAACACAUUCACAGCGCCGCCAAAGCCUGCUUGCCGGGACUAUGUCAUGCCUCAGCCUCACGCCGCCAACUCACUUAACCGACAUAACUCAUGUAAAGAAUCUAAAUCUACCGACAUGACAGCAGGGAACCUAUUAAGAUCCAGCAAUAGUGAGAUGUCAUUAGUUCAACCGUCACUAGGACCACGGUCUCUUUCAUUUACCAGGACGUCUUCAGAAACAACAAGGCGACGAGUAGAUAAUAUAGUGAGGGAGAGUGUGGUCGUGUCUCGGCCUACAGAUACGGAUGAGCCGGAGUUCGUGCCCUGCGCCACAGACAGGCCCGUCGGAUUGGACCUCGACGAAUUUUUACCAAGGGUGGGCGGCGCGCGGCGCGGCGUGCGCGGCGGGCCCGAGCCCAGCGAGCAGGAGGUGCUGGGCGUCAUGAUGCGCGGACACGACUCCAUGAUGGCCGUGCUCAGCGCCAGGCAGCGGGCGCUACAGAUAUUCCAUUCAGUUCGAGUCAAUAAAAAUUUGAAAAUUGCCUUAGAAUCAGUAAUUGCUCUGGAGGAUACAUCAGUAAUUUUAGACAUUUUGAACGUCAUGGCGCAUAAACCGUCACUCUGGAAUUUAGACAUUUGCCUUUUAAUGCUUCCUAAAAUAUACGAAUUAUUGCAGAGCAAAUAUGAAUCGUACAUGCAAUGCGGCUGCAACGCCCUCCGGCUGAUCGUGCGCAACUUCUCGUCCGUGGUGCGCGCCAACGUGUCGGCGCCGGUGCGCACGCUGGGCGUGGACAUCCCGCGCGAGGAGCGCUACGCCAAGUGCGCGCAGAUCCACCGCCUGCUGCUCGACGUGCGCGCCUUCCUGCUCAAGCGGCAGACGCUGCAGGGCCGGCUCGGCGCCGCCUUCCGAGAUCUCCACACGCUCAUGCAGCAGGGGCUCGACUGACCGUCGCAAUCGCGGCUUGGUUAUAUUACAUACCAUAGACGAGAGCUAUAGUACACGUAUACAGGCCUGUCGAGACGGCGACAAUUUUUCGCCAAUCUGAUUUAAUUGUCCGAUCAAAUCAGGUGGUGCGGACGCAAACGCCAAUUUGGCUCGCCGAAUUCGAGCGCUGAUUAUGAUCGAUAUUAAGGCCGUAACACACUAUCUUUCUCGCUCUUACUUAUCGGUGCGUCGCACAAUGACCUUGGUGCGGAGCGAUAGUCUGUUACCACUAUUACCGAUAAAAUGGAGGUGCGGACGCAAGAAUACCAAUUUGUGACGCUAAUAUUCGCGUUUGGGGGCCUUUUAUUAUUUUAGAGCGCUCAAAUAUCACCAUAAAUCUAAAAUUGGUAAAUGUGGCCAAAUUGAUCGGACAAUUUAAACAGAUUGGCGAAAAAUUGUUCCCGUCUGGACAGGCACUACCGUUGAAUAUAAAGGCCCCUGUAUACAAUGGGCCAGCGUGGACCAGUCUGGGGGACGCAUUUAUUUGUUAGAGGGAGCAAGUGAUAUUGCUAUCUCAUUCUACCGCAUGGCUGCGUCCCUUGGACUGGCCGGCGCUGGCCCAUUGUGUACAGGGGCCUUAAUAGUGUUUACAAACGGCCCCCGCGCACCGAGACCGUUAGGCCCCAUUCGCACGACAGCUUAAAAAGCGUUGCGUUAAAACCCGACGUUGGCGCUUUUUUACCGUUUCCAAUAUUUGUGUUCAUAUGAACGCUUAAAAAUCACUUGUGAGUCGUACUGCCACGUACGCAUCUCAGCAAAGCCAUACUUUAUUUGCUAUUACGACGUAUUAUUUGAAUAUAGCUUGAAUAUUUCAGGAAUUUGUAAGCAUAUGUUGACAUUUUUAAGGUGAAACCAUGGUGAAACUAAUAAUAAUCUUGACGAUUGACACCAAAAAUUGACACUUGACAGCCAACUGACAGCAGCGCCGGCGCUUUUUUAACGCUUGUGAGAACAGAUACACGGAGUUCCGUAUGGUCUAUUCAAUUUGACGCCAACGCUCAACGCCGAAAAUCGAACAGUGCUCGAUAAAAAAGCGCCGCGCUUAAAAACCGCCUUCGUGUGAAUACAUACAUGGUUAUCCAUUUGUGUCAUUCAAACGCUUUUUUAACGCGCGUUGAAAAAGCUGCCGUGCGAACGGGGCCUUAAGGACGCAGUUAUAAGUGAGAGCGAAAAAGAGAUAUUUUGACAGCACCAAGGUCGAGGUCCGGUACGCCCGUCUGUAAUGGCUUUAACACGGAACCUAACUUUACUCUACUUCUUAUGUCUAUACAUACCAUGCAUUUUUAAGUGGCAUUUUAAUUAAGUAUUAAAUUGCUGUGUUUUGUGAGUCCUUCCAAGCGACAUUUUUUACGGUACUGCCUUUUUGGUUUCCUGACUGGCAAAGAGACUUAAAUAUGUAAGAUUUUAGUUUUUAUCUAAGAAACCUACGAAUAUGUAUAAUUUUAUAGAGAGUAUUCCUCAUACCCGCAUUGAAAUGAAAAAGUAUUAAAUUUGUCAUCAAAGGAAUUUAAAUUUAAACGGGAAUAAUUCCAUGUUAAUCAUUACUGUCAUUAGUUUUAAUCUAACUCCAAUUGUUUCUUAAAUUCCGUCCUUCUUUAGUUACAACGCCCCAUUAGUAAUAAGUAGGUAUUUAGUAUGAUUUUAUAAAUUAACAAAUUGAACUAUCUAUGUCAUGAGACUCAUUAUAUUUUAUAAAAUAACUAUACUCAAUAGCGCAAUCGUUUUCAACACUGGUUAGUAUUAGUCCCCCUAUCACUUAUUAUUAUUUAGUGGAAUGUUUUCAAAACCAACUCCAUUAUGAUUAUAACAUGUAACACAUUAACUUAACUAUGGUCAUGGUCAUGACAAAAAAAAACUCCUAAAUUUGGGGUAUCCAGUAUCUUUAGGUAUUUAAAUAAAAGCAAAAGAACAAUUUGUACGUUUCUGGGUAGUUAUAACAUUUUUGGGUUAACCAACCAAAUACAAAACCUCCUGGAUCUGUCACUGAACGACCUGACUUUAACCUACAUUAUUUGAUCAUGGAAUGUGGCUCCUUAAGCCAGUUGAGGGUAGAUUUUGUUUACUUUUAUUCACAUAGUAAAGAUACAGAGUAUAGAUCCAGACACAUUUUACAAAAUUUUAUAGGUAAGUAAGUACAUACUUUUCAGGCCAAACACAUUGAAUUGUGUUAGGUUAGGUACCUUUAUUAUAAUGGCGACUGAUAGAUUUAUUUCGGUUUACAUCAGUGAUUUUGAUGCAUCCUCAUCUGAUGCAAAUGCAACCAUAUCAGGUUUGAGCUCAUUAGGAAUAUCUAAAGCAGCGUUUCCCAGACUAUGGGUAGCGAGCGAAUAUUGAGUGGGCCCUGAAACUACUAGGGAAUGCACUAAUAUUUAUUUUAUGCCCCCUUUUUAAGACAGCCAGGUGGGUCCCGAAUUUGGCAGAUUUUGUUAUGUGGGUCGGAGCUCAGUCCACUUUCGGAACCACUGGUUUAAAAGAUUAAUCAAUAGAUUUCCAAAAGAAAGUAAGCCACCUUUUGGACCAAAAAUAAUUGUCAGAGUUUGAUAUGAGUGACAUAAUAAUAUACGCUGGAUAUUUUUCUGGACUGGUUAGGUAAACAUCAGUGCGAAGUUUACAUUAAAGCCCAGCACCAACUCGGGGUUGCAUGGGUCUAGAGAUGAAGGGAGAGGAAAAUGGAUAUGUGUAUUGCUUUAAGGCUUUUAUGGUUUGUGUUGAUUCUAGGCAUCUAGGUCCUUUGCUGACAUGAAAAAAAGAUACAGUCAACUGGCAUGACAGAAUGUUUGUUGAAUAAAACUUUUACAUCCAUGUCCAAUUUGGUAGAUGCAAUAGUUUUAUCAUCUAUGUAUGUAGAGUAGUUGUACAGAGAAUUACACACGCAUGUUUUAAUUUAAGUAAUUAGACAACAAAUUAUAAUUGAAUAGACUGAAUAAUCAUGUAAAAACUUAACAAAAUAAUUAUUUAACUUCCAAGAAUAAAUCAACUGAAAUAAAUACCAUUUUCAAUAUC